AUGACACUGAUAUGUGAAGGGUUUGUUCUUGUCACGAGUCAAGCUGCGAGGGUAUACUUCAUGAGCUUUCAUCUCUGUGUAGCAGUUGUUGUUAUGAAUAUUGUGACUGCAUUUAUUUUGGAUAUGUUUAUGUAUGAGUAUACAUUUUCCAAGAAAGGCUAUCUUGAUACCCAGGUUGAGAUGACGAUAAAGAAGCUGAACCUAGGCAUUGACGACGAAACGGGUAUGGAAAUAACUGAAGAAGAAAAGAAGAAAACAGAGGAAAAUGGCGGGGAAAUGUUCCACACUAAAAGUAUGUUUAGAAAACUGACUAUGAGACAUAAGGGACAUCUGAAACCAAACCUAUCAAGAUACGAUGGAAUAAGAUUUCAUAUGAAGAAACGUGGUUGGACAAAGACGGAACUGCUUUUACAGCAACUAUUCGAGCUGGAAGCUGACUUGAACAACGUGGACACAGACUACCAAAAAAUAAGAAUGCUGAGUCUUACAUAGUAAACGAUUACAAUUGAGCCUCACCAUGAGAAAACCAACAUAGUGCGUUUGCGACCAGCAUGGAUCAAAACCAACCUGCGCAUCCGCUCAGUCUGGUCAGGAUCCAUGCCGCUGACUUUUCCUCUAAUUGCAAUAGGCUUUGAAAGCGAACAAAAUGGAUCCUGACUGUGAAGCGCAGGCUGGUCUGGAUCCAUGCUGGUCGCAAACGCACUAUGUUGGUUUUCUCAUGACGCGACUCAAUUAUAUAUUUUGUAUUCUAUCUCAUAUUUUGGCAAAUUUGUCAAUGGUUAGGCUUGUAUUGCAUAAUUAUAUAUGAACCUAUUUAAAGUCGAUGUUUCGGAGUCAAUGGCUGCCAAUAAUUUUAGUAUAGGUUUGGAAACUUUGUGAUAAUAUUAUCAAAUAACUAUGAUGAAAGCGUGUCAGAACCCAAAUUCAAUCGUGGUGUUUGAACAAAAAGAAAAUUAAGGCUUUGCAAUUUAUUUGUAUUAAAGAUUGUGCCUUUUCAAUGUCUUUUCAGGAAUGAUUUAAUUUAAAAGCUUAGCUUAUUUUCAUACAUAGUAUCAUGACAGCAUUUUCUCCAUUUUGUAUCCACUUUUACAAUUGUGAGUCAAUACUAAAAUUUAACACUAUCUAUUACGAUGUAGAUGUUGCCUUUUAUGACUCAGAUCUAAAUAGACAAAUCUUGAGUGUAAAACUUUAACAUUUUGUUCUGCAUACGAACGUGAGUUUGCUUGUUGUAAGUUACAAGUCUACGUAAAAGCAAUACAAGCUUGUGAAGGUGGCAUACAUAUUAAAUGGUGAUAUACACAAGGGAAGCACAGCUUCUGCUAUGUUCUGAAAAUAUAGGUGACUGGUUGCCUGUAAUAAGUUUACUGAAGUUUACCUUAUAAGAUGGUAUAUUGCCACUAACGCCUAAAAGUAUGUCACUAGACUCGUUUUUAAUUUUAAAGCAUCUUGAUCAUAACAGUUUGGUAUGUACAUAAUUGAUAUCGUAACAGUGAAACACCGCUCGACAUAGCAUCGGUUGCCCAAGCCUCCCAACUCACUCGAGCUAUUUAUAUCGCAACCUUUGAUUGCACAAAACCUUUGUUAACUGGGUAAUUUUUCUAAUCCCAUUGCAACCUCGAGGGAUUGUUGUUUUACUGUUUUACUGUAUUCACAUAUUUGUUAUAUAAAGUGUGUACAUGUACAUGAUGCAGACAACUAACAAACUUAGUAAAUAUCGGAAUUAAAUAUUUGGGAAAACCAAUAUAGAAUACCAAUUUUAUACACCAUAAAAGAAGUGUUUAAGGCGCUUUACUUCACUUAAUUUCAUAGAGAUUUUUAUAGUUUAUUGGCCAAUAUCUUGAAACUGAAAUACAUGCCUGUAUUUCAUAAAUCUUUGAUGACAGUACACUUAAGUAACAUUUGUUAAUUUUAUUUUAAUACUUGUUUUCUUUUUUCGUCUGUUAUCACAAUUCAUCAUAAUGGUUACGCUAUUGUUUUGAAAUAUAGUAAUAUGGUACAUUAAGUAGGUGACUUUGUGAAUGUGUUAAAAGACCCAUCAGAUGUAUUCUUUUGUACUUCCAUGUUGCUUAUUGUACAUGAUUUGCAUUGAAAACUUGAGAAAUACAAUAAUCUAUUUUGCUUAUACAGUAACAAAUUGUCUGUGACAUAUAGGAAGCCAAGAUAAUGUGUUUAAUGUCUAAUAUUUUUUUGUUGAAUUAAUGUAGCAGUAUGUACUCAGUAAAGUAUAUACCACACUUUGUUUCCUUAGUGUAAGAUAUUUAACCAGAUGUGUUUUUGAAACUGGAAAAUAUACUUAAAAGAGAUUGCAUGAGAUUACACCUGUACUGGUACUGAUGAUAAACCCGAACAGAAAAUGAGGUAUUUUACCUGUAACUUUUUUAUUUCUGCAAAUUGUAAUCAACGGUCAGUAUCAAAAUAAAGCUUAACCUUUCCUGAAAACUUUACAUAAUUCAAAUUUAUAUUUAGUAAACAAACUCACACGAAGUGAGGCCCUGAAAGGGGUAUGUAAAAAGGGGACUGUAUGAACGUUGACUGAUGAUAAAUUCGAACACUUUGUCAUUUACAAAAUUUUCUUGGUAUUAUUAUAUUGAAACUUUCCCCAAAAAGCUGCAACAGUCAUUCCUGAUCAAGUAAUGAAAAGUUACCAAAUGUCAGGCCUUCAUGUUUCGACAGUGAGCAUGCGCAAAAAACACCCUCUUCCCCAGUAAUUUUGGAUAAAUAUUUUUUAUACAAAUUUAUGUAAGUCGUUUAUUUAUACAGAAUAUUUACCAAUUUUGUUUUUGUUUACACCAGUUGGUGUUGUAAGUGGAAACUGUUAGAUGGUGUGUUCAAUUUUAUGAAUAACCGAUUGCAAUCGAAUAUUUCCAAGGUGGUCGACUUUAUCAUCUGUCCGGGUUUAUCAUCAGUACCAGUAUUAUCAGAAUAAUUAUACGAAGUGUAAGUGAGUAGCUUACCGGGAUGUGGUGGGUCUUUAAAGACACAACCUUAUAAGAACUGAUAUUUAUUGAUCUUUAUUGAAAUUAAUCGUAAAUUUCAAGUCGAUGGAAUAUUUAAAAAAAGAACAGUUUCUAUAUACUUAAGUCAAAUGUAUGGUGAUAUCUAGCAUUAAUUUUGCGGAAACUGUAAUUGCUUUAUGUUUAGUCUUUCAUUCUCUAUUUAUAUUUUGUUAUCAUUUUAUAUUGUUCGUUUUCAUCGUACUUUUUAAUUGGUUAUGUAAAUAUUUCUUUUACUUUCAUUAACUGUUUUAAAGUUAUUGUAAUUGAUUUUUACAUAUAAUUCAGAAAGUCAAGAUACCAAGCUUGCGGCUUAAGGACGAGUCUUACUUCUGUUUUAGAAUGCAGUAUGUCGGUUUAACAUUUGUUUCACUUUAUAACACGCCGUUUACAAAACGUUUCAGAAAAGCACUCACUUCACAACAGAAUGUGCCACUUGUGUCAUACGGUCAUCUAAUAUGUCAAAAAUACAUUAAUAGCACUACAGAAUAUUACUCAUACUUUUUAUACAACCAACCAUGCCGGUGGAACAUUUAUUUCACCGAAGAAAUCACCGCACGUCACUAACCUUUGUCAUACAACCUCACAUAGUUAUAGAAAUAGUUAUUGCAACACAUUAACGUCACUUACUUUCGUUAUCGUAUCAUAGUUUUUCACAUAAGUCAUUUGGUUGUAUAUAUACACUGGCAUCAUGUUGACAGUAUAAGGAAUUCUGUGACUAUUUCUCAGCUGAUAAUGGUCACUGCAGUACAGUAUGAAAAUGGGCGUUCUGUUUUGUAUAAACCCGAUACAUUUCUAUGUAGGCUAUAAGAUAUGAUUAAACUCACAUUCUGUCAGUACCAUGUGUUUAUCCGCCAGAAGCAACAACUGUUGCAUUCUAAGCGACUUAUAGAUAAAGCCUUCAAACGAUACUUAAAAAUGGAAACUGGUAACAUGUCGUUGUAAAUCAACUCAAGUUGUACCUGUUUUUGACAUAAUACGCAUGAAGUGUUCAAAUAU